UGUGUUGAGAAGAUUAUUCCCACAUCGCAUAGCCGAUCGGUCAUAAGUCGUCUCUGUCCGGCAAACCUAUCUAUGCACGCCCCCAUCAUAAACUAAGCCAUGCACUAGAGCCCCCUCCCCUGCCCUAAUACCACUAUCACCCCUUGUCCACCGUCUUGGGGUCCGUCAUCCAGUUGAUGGCCUCAUGCUCAGUCACCUUCUUGCCGUCGCUGCUCACCAGCUGCAGGUCAUAGUCCGCACACUGGCCGUUGCCGCCUGCUGUGGUGCCAAUCGUGUCGAUGAAGACGCUCAGCAGGCCGUAGUUGCGGUCUUGCACUCACCCGAGGUGGUCGAAUAAGUAGUGGCCCGGCAGCCGGGCUGACAGCUCACGGGCGCGAUAUGAUGCUGUACUCGUGGCCUCCGUCAGCGGCUGCCGUACCACAGCUCGUUGACGAGAAAUGGCCUCGGUGUGGCGGCAAUCAGCUUUCGUACGGCUGCAUUCUCGCGCCAGAGGUCGCACAUCUGACAUGCGCACACAUGCAGCAGCAGAUAUGGUGUAUCACAGCUGCACAGAUGCAGUCACCGACCUCUCCUUCGAAGGCCUCCAUUUCUCGCUGGUUGGGCUGCCGUGUGGGACGAGUUGAGCGUCGGGAUGGGCUGAGGCUCGUUGAUCACCCAGUAAAGCGGUGCUGGCUGGGCCAGCUGCCGCAGCUGGUCUACAUGGGCACACCGACGUAGUGGAGGAUUGUCAUUGUUGACGAGGAUUCCCUUGCCCUCGUAGCGCUCGUACACCGACACACUGCACCAUCAUUCAUUGAACACCACGCAGAUGCAGCGGACUGGCGAGUUGGAUGUGUGUUGGUCUUUCAGUGUUACCGGAGAAGGCUGCUUUUCACCAGUGUCAGGGCGCAGGUAAGGCUUCGCUGCCUCGCCCUCAGCAGACAUCCUUGCAAACGGGCAGAUCUAUGAAUCCACCAAAUUCGAACGUCCUCGUGAAGUCAUUGGCAGCCAGCGUGAGCCCUCCUAGGGCGUUUCGAGCCGGUUGGGCGAG